GGUUGAAAUUUCUCUUGAUAAAAGUCCUCAAACGACAACCAGUUCGACUCAUUUCGCGAGUAGCACUCGUGGCUACAGUAACAGUAAGCCUACUUUAUUCUCGGUCUUCAACUUUGAUCUUCUGAUGCAUUCGGCACUUUGUUCCGGCAAUCUAGUGCUCACUGGAAGAAGCGUGUGAAACGUGACAUUUUGCAUUCCUCGUAGAAAGUGUUAUCAGCUGGAAGCUGUCAAGUGCGCGCCCUGUCUGCAUCAAGCAGUGUUGUUCUAGUUUAUUAUUCGUCGGCAAAUAAAAACAAAUCAUGAGUAGUGGCGUCGGUUCCGGUCAAUCUUGUGGGGAGCCCGCGUCCUCAUCCGUUCAAAGUUCGUACGUGAGUGCUGGAGGAAGCAAGUCUGAGUCGGUAACGGUGCGAACGAUGGACGGAUCGCACCAAUCGGAGGCCCAAUCGGUCACCCUCACGGUGGACGGAUUCGGCACGGUGAAGGAUCCACUUACUGAUGAAGUGCAACCGGUGAAACGGUUCACCUGGACGAACGAGAGCGGGAUGUCGGUGCAGGUGAUUUCCUACGGGGCUAUCAUCACGUCGAUCAAGGUUCCGGGCAAGAACGGUGCGGUUGACGAUGUGGUCCUUGGAUUCGAUAACAUUCUGGGCUAUCGGGGAGCGAAUAACCCGUACUUUGGUGCCACGGUUGGCAGGGUUGCCAACCGCAUCGGCGGAGGUCGGUUCACUAUUGAUGGGGUGGUCUAUGAGGUCACGAAGAACUGGGAGGGGCGCCAUCAGCUACACGGAGGGAAAAUUGGAUUCGACAAGUUCAAUUGGACGUCGCAUGUGGAGGGAACGGUGGUCACGCUGAGUCACACGAACAAGGAUGGCCAUGAAGGUUAUCCGGGGACGGUCCUGGCGUCGGUAACGUACGAGCUGAAGAACGACAACCGGUUGGUGGUCAAAUUUCGGGCGGUUUCCGACAAGCCUACUCCGAUCAACCUGACGAACCAUUCGUACUUCAAUCUGGCGGGUCAUAACACCGGGCAUGAGGAAGUCUAUCGUCAUAUAAUUUCCUUGAACGCGGACCGCAUUACGGAAACGGACGAGGACUCGAUUCCAACGGGUAAAUUCCUGUGCGUCGGUGGAACGCCGUACGACCUCCGAAUCCCUCGGGAACUUGGUCCGGCCAUGUCCCGGGCACCCGGCGAAGGUUACGAUAACAAUUUCUGCAUCACCAAGGGUACCGAGCAGGGAAUGACUUUUAUCGCCAGGGUCGUUCAUCCGCACUCGGGACGCACGCUGGAGGUCUACACCGAUCAACCGGGCGUUCAGCUGUACACCAGCAACUUCAUGCCGGAUCCUAAUCGGAAUAUCCGCCCGAGACCGAUCAACGCCGGGGACUAUUACGAGCUGACGCACCUGGAACCGGUGGUACCUGCGAUGGCCACCGAUCUGCCCAUCAGGGGCAAGGGCGGUGCCAAGUACUUCAAGCAUGGUGCCUUCUGUCUGGAGACGCAAAACUUCCCCGAUGCGGUCAACCAUGCCAACUUUCCGAACUCGGUGUUGGUCCCCGGGGAAACCUACGAGCACGAAGUGGUCUACAAGUUUGGCCUGUUUGAGGAGAACUGAUUUUAUUUGAAAAGCAGUUUGGUUGGUAACGGAAUUUUAUGUAAAUUUUGGUAUACUUUUUGGGGUGAUAAAUGCUUAGAUGAUAAUCGGAAA